GAGUUACUCAAGCGUUCAAAGACAUGAAAUGAAUUCAGUCGACAACAAAUCGCAGUUUGCGCAAAUAGGAUUUGGAAUAUAUUACUUCACAAAAAAGCGUUGUUUACGACCGUGUUCAUCGCACUGCACAUAGGAUGUCGACGCACGACAAUCCUGCAUUUACGUCAUCACCAGACGACGUCAACGUCCACGUGAGCAAUGGACACAGUGCCAACAAAGACACGAUCCCUCCGAAGCCGGAUGCGUCUGGUGUUCAUAUUGACACACGGUUUGGAUAUGGGCCAUGUAAACCAAGAUUCCUCCAGAUCUUCAACCGGCUGUGGUUUCUGACGAUAUUUCUGACGAUCUUCUGCUUCCUGGAAGGGUUCGCCAUCAACGGGAUCGCCAACGCGGGACUUCCGGCCAUCGAGCGUCAAUUCCAGCUCACCAGCUCUAAGUCCUCCCUCAUACCUGCCUCUCAAGACAUAGGCGCCCUUGUGGUGAUAAUGUUCAUCAGUUUCAUCGGGGCGCGCCACAACAAGAUCGUGUGGAUCGCAACGGGUGCCGUGAUCAUGGCGCUGGGAUCCUUCAUCUUCAUUAUUCCGCACAUCGUUGAAAGAUACAAUUACGAGGACGCCUCCAGCUCCUCAGGUCCAACUGACACGUGCAAAGGGCCCGGACCCCAGGGCGGUGGUCCCCCGUGUGAGAGCAAGGGGGUCAAGUGGGUAGGUGUUUUCAUGGUGGCGCAGAUCGUGCACGGGAUUGGUUUUACCCCGAUGUUUACCCUGGGCACAACGUACCUUGAUGAAAACUCCAACCCGCAGACGGCCGCCAUGUAUGUCGGUAUCUGUUACGCCGCCACCGCCAUCGGUGUAGCUGUUGGAUUCUUUGCCGGUGGUCAAUUCAUGCAGAAAUGGUUUGUCGAGUUCGACAGAGUUGAUGUGGACACACUGGGUUUUGACGUGAUGGACUCGCGUUGGGUAGGUGCCUGGUGGCUGGGAUUCGUCGUCAGCACCAUUGCCUUUGUUGUCAUCGCACUUCCGCUGUUUGGAUAUCCCAAAUACAUGCCAACUAACAGCAAGGCCGCCGAGACCGAAGCGGCUUUACAAAAGCACACGGACGUCACGUGUAUGUCGCAGCUGAAAGACGUCACACUUGGAUUCCUAAAGGCAUGGGUGCGACUGGCGAAAAACCCGACAUUCAUAUUUAUCUCUCUCGGCGGCUGUGCGGUGGCGCUAAUCAUGUUCGGGGUGAGCGCGUUCUCCUUCAAGUACCUGAUCGAGAUGUACAACAUUGGCUUCGACAGCGCUGGGCUCUUGCUAGGCGGACUCAUUCUUUUCGGCUCCCUGGGAAUGUUUCUCGGCGGUCUGCUUAUCCGGAUAUUCAAGCUGGAGAUGGUCGGAAUGCUUCGGCUGAACGUUGUCGUCUGCGUUAUCUCGUGCGCUUUCGGCCUCGCCUACAUGGCCUCGUGCCCGGAUGUGAAGCUGGCCGGCCUCCAACUGGCGUACGCUAAUGAGAGUGCAAUCAACGGAUACAACGCCACGUGCAACGCGGACUGCGGGUGUGAGAAGAUGAACUUCAACCCCGUGUGCGGAGACGACGGCCUGGUGUAUUACUCCGCCUGCCACGCCGGAUGUCUUAAGCCGCCACCCGCACCGUUUGAACCUUAUAAAAACUGCACGUGCGUUGCUCAAAGUUUGAACAAGUUGGCGGGCAAUGACACCAAGGCUACUUCCGGCCGUUGCGAUCAAGGGUGUGACAAACUGAAGGUUCUAGCGCCGUGUCUUUUCAUCAUGAUGAUCUCAAUUCUAUGCGCAACAACACCGGGCUCCAUGGCAACUCUAAGAUGCGUGGAUGAAGACAUCCGGCCGUUUGCCCUCGGUGUCGGUUGGAUACUGCUGCGCCUGCUGGGCUCAAUCCCAGGUCCCGUUUUUCUCGGUGCCAUCAUCGACGGCGCGUGUAAACUUUGGAGCGGCGGCGGCUGUGGGGGCGCCACAUCAUGUCUCUUGUACGACAAGAACAAGCUGGCAGUCAGCGUGCUCAUCUGGUGGAUGGUAGUGGCGGCGGUUGCGGCGCUCCUGUUCUUCAUCGCAUCCAUUUUUGCGUCGCGACUCGACCGCGAAAAGUAUGAUGUCCAGAACGAGAAGCGGAAGGAAAUUGCGACGUAGUGGUCGAAAACAUAGGCCUACAAACGAUGUGAACAGACGAUUUGAAUAACAACAAUUUAUACUACAAACAUAUCACAUUUCAAUCAAAAUGUAUCCAUUUUUAUUAUCAAUCGUAUAUAUUUUAUCAUAAUUCUUGUAUUAUCAAUCGUUUAUGUUUUUAUAAUAAUUAUUUUAUGUAUAUAUGUGUGUUUCUACACAUGAUAGACGUCUGUGAUGAAAACAGACACAACUAUAAACAGUUGGUGUCUCAAGUAUCCCAUUUACUUUUUGUAAAUACCCUUUACUUUUAAAUUUGUCUUUCAUUUUUAAAGGUCAAAUUUUAAGAAAUUAUGAAGAUUAUGAAUUUUCAUUAUUGCUAUAUCUAUGUUUAAAUAAUAUUCAAAAUGUCUGUAUUAUUUUGAAAAGGAAAAUUAUGAUUUGGGUGAAUUAUUCGUAAAACUUAUUGGUUAACCAACUCAGCGACGUCAUAGAUGAAUCUGAGUUCACAUGCUAUUACCUUACAUGAUUGUUGAAGUGACAACUGCUGCGUAGCAACUCUUUCGGAUGUUUAUUUUUCUGAUUGUGCUGCAAAUGUUACUAUUGACAGAUAUUAUUUAAUUGACGUCCGGUCGGGACUGGAGUAUUUUCACUGAACAUGCGUUAACACUUGACGUUAGGUGCGAACAUCAGACAUUAUUCAUAUUAAUGACCAAGAUUUCCAAUCACAAUUGAAUUUAAAGUAAGAUUUGAUACAUUGUGUCCUAAUCUUCUAACAAUCUGGAUAAUUUUUAAGUUUAAACAAAUAAACUAAAUAUUUUUUUGUUUAAAGCGUCAGAAUGAUUUAUAAUUUGAUUGAUCUGUGUGUUUAAGGGUUUUCAAUUGUUUUUAGCAAAUAUUACUUUAUUUUUUUUCUAUCUUUUCUACAUUUAAAGCAUACCUCGUUUCAGAUAUUAGUAAUAUAAUUUAAUAGUAUUGACAUAAACAAUUGCUAUUUUGAAAGUUGACACGUGCUUAUUUUAAAAUGUUUGAUAAAAUACAUGUGUCCCGAAAUUAGGUCCCUUGCGUAAUCACGAGGGAUGUACAAUGUUCACUUCCGGUGACUUUAUCGAUUGCUAUGUGUAUUUGUUUGCACUUACAUAUAAAAAUAAAUCAAUAAACAGUUUUGCAAGCAA